AAAAGUAGAUUAGUAAGUAAUAGAAACGAAGUUUCUAAUUGGUAUUCAAAAUCGGCUAAAAAUGAUGAUUCACCUGGACAACAAAGUACUGGACAAUGCUACGAUGAAGAUAUAGAUAAAAUCAAGAAUGAAAAGGUAGCAUUUAAACAGUAUUUAAAAGAUACUGAUGAUGGAAUUGGGAUCAAGAAAAAUAAACGAAUUGGAGUCGAAAAAGACGAACAAAAUAGAAUUGAAAAAGACGAACAAAAUGGAACUAAAAGAAAUGAACGAAUUGGAGUUGAAAAAGACGAACGAAUUGGAAUUCCUUGUGAAGAUUUCAAGGAUAUAAAAGAAACUGAAGUUUCGCAAA